UCUUCUUCUUCACUAGACGAGAAUUUCCCAAUUUUGUGAAGACGACUUGAGAGAGUGCCACAAAAAUUUGCAGGUUCAGUCAAUUUCAGCUUCGGGGUCUCAAAAUUUGGAGUGCUGGUCUUUUGACAGUCACAACCUCAGAAUCAAUUUUGCUCUGGCAGAGAAGAUGGAUCUGUUGAGUAGUUUACCAGACGAGGUUCGUUGUCACAUACUGUCCUUCCUCACUACAAAGGAGGCAGCUUUAACCUCGGUUCUCUCUAAGAAGUGGGGCAAUCUGUUCGCGCUCGUCCCUAAUCUUGUCUUUGAUGACUCUGAGUUUCUUCAUCCGGAAGAGGGUAAGCGGGAAAGAGACGGUAUCCUUGAGAGCUUCAUGGGUUUUGUGGAUACAGUAUUGGCUUUGCAGGGCAACUCUCCCAUUCAUAAAUUCUCCCUCAAGUGUAAAGAUGGUGUUUGUGAAUCUCGUCUGAAUCGUUGGAUUUGUCAAGUGUUGCGUCGUGGUGUGUCGGACCUUGAUCUUUCCAUCGAUAUCAUAGAGGUUUAUCUGCCUCAGGAGAUGUUCGUCUCUAAGACACUAGUCAACCUGAAAUUAGAAAGUACUUGUGGUAUUCACUGGUGGACUGGAGCUGAAGGCACUUUCUUACCAAUGCUUAAAAGUCUUUGUGUUGUCUCGGGGAGAAUUUUUUGUGGUGAUAAGCUUCAGGAGAUGCUUCCAGCUUGUUUUCCUGUCCUUGAGGAUUUACAAAUGGCUAACAUGGAGUGGAUUGAUUCUGAUGAAACUGUGUCAAGUGCAACCCUCACUAACCUACUUAUUUGCGGCUUCCCUCCUCAGAAUCUGAAGAGCAUUUCCUUUGAUGCUCCAAAUCUGAUUUCCUUAGUCUACUCUGAUUUAGUUGCGGAGGACUAUCCAUUAGUCAAUAUGAGAAACUUAUCUCUGGCUCGAAUCGUCCUUAGAACAAAUGACGAUCAGAUCAAUCGACUUAGAGGGCCAAAUAAUGUUCUGUUAGAGGAUGAUGUCGUUCACCAGUUUGGCAAUGUGGUGAAGCUCAUGAAUGGCAUACAAAAUGUUCAGGAACUUCACUUGUGUCCUGAUACUCUCGAGGUGCUUUCUCUAUGCUGUGAAUCUCUGCCAGUGUUCAACAAUGUCAAAACUUUAUGUAUUUACAGUGAAGAUGUUCGAGGAUGGCAAGCUGUGCCUGCUCUUCUAAGGAAUUGCCCACAUCUAGAAAUCCUAACCUUUGAGGGUCUCGUGCACUAUGUGACAGAUAAAUGCGGGGAUGCUUGCAGCUGCAUUUAUCGCAAGGACAAAGGCAGUUCGCUCACAACUUCUCCAGUGAAAGUGGUAACGGUUAAAGGGUUUGGAGUAACAAUGAAAGAGUUGAACAUGGUAGAGCAUUUCUUGGACUAUUUCCCCUGUUUGAAAGAGAUGAACCUCUACAUUGAAGAGGAUACCCUUACACAACUUGGAAAAAACCCUCAAGUGUCUGAAAUCUUGGAGAUGAUUGAAGAGUACAAGGAGUUAUAUAGUUGCAAAGUCCACCUAUACGUGUCUCACACGUCGACUACACAAAGCCCCUUCGGAAUUUGACUUAUCAGAUCUUUGUUUCGUUUUUUAGUUUCCUGUGUGUAUCUUUUAACUAUCCUCGGCUCGGCAAGACUGUAUGUCGCACCUGUUUUGCCAAAUUUUCCAAUUGUUUUUGGGUGAUUUCAAGAUUGAAGUCGUGUAGAUGUUCUAAUUUGUUCGGUUUAAUGUCCAUUCCGGGAUUGCAAUACAAUUAAUGUUCAUUCCGGUUUAAUGUU